GACGUUUUUAUUUAUCGUCCCCCUUGAACGUCUUUAUCAUCAAGGGAGGUAUGGAAGGAUCGAUGCUACGGAGCUUUGCGGGGGGUUUACUUGCGCUCAUUGGAUAUGUCGCAUGGCGCUCCUACUCCUCAUCCCGACGCAAGCUCCCUCCAGGCCCACGCCCCGACCCCAUCAUAGGCAACCUUCGCCAGUUCCCCCGACAUAGCCAGGAAAAGGGCUUCAAGGCGUGGGGGGAUCAAUACGGGGACGUUGUGUACGUGCAGGUGUUGGGGCAGGGUAUGCUGGUGCUGAACUCGAUGCGGGCGGCGCGCGAUCUGCUGGAGAAGAGGAGCGCGCAUUAUUCGGACAGACCGCGGCUCGUGGCUCUCGGUGAACUAAUGGGGUGGGAGCUGGUGCUAACGCAGAUGCCCUAUGGUGAUCGGUUUAAGAGGCACCGACGUCUUUUUCAAGAUCAUUUUAGCCGCUCUAUGGUCCAAUCCUUCCGUCCCAUCCAAACGCAAGAAGUACACAAUCUCCUAAACGGGCUCAUCACAAGGCCCGAAUGGUUCCAAACGCACGUGAGGAGGUUCGCAGCGGGCACCAUCAUGCAGAUCGCGUACGGCCAUGUCGUUCAUUCUGUAGAAGACCCAUACGUGAAGCUGUCCGACGACGCGUUGGCAGCCACCAUCAACUACGGCGCCCCUGGUUGUGCUUUGGUUGAUAUGGUCCCUGCUUUGAAGCAUUGGCCUUUGUGGAUGCCGGGAGCCGGUUUCAAGCGAAGAACACAGGAGAUCCGUCAGCUGGUUCGUGCCAUGGUGGAAACGCCUUUCGAGAUGGUCAAGCGCAAAAUGAAAACCGGCACUUGUCCACCGUGUUUCACGUCGUCCUUGCUAGAGAAUUAUCAGAAGACGUUUGGCAACGUGGAUGCCGCAGACGCUGAAGAAGACAUCAAGGGAGCCGCGGGCGUCCUCUAUGGCGCCGGAUCUGAUACCAUCGCCUCGAGUUUGAAUACCUUCAUACUGGCGAUGGUCAUGCACCCCGAUGUGUACGCGAAAGCUCAGGAAGAACUCGAUCGCGUCGUUGGCCCGUCCCGACUCCCAGAUCUGGAGGACAGGCCGGACCUUCCCUACCUCAAUUCGGUGCUGAAAGAGGUACAUCGAUGGAAUCCGCCUAUUCCCCUCGGUAUGCCACACAAGCUGAUGGCGAAGGACGACGACUAUCGGGGGUAUUUCAUUCCCAAGGACACGAUGGUCUUUUCAAACAUCUGGGCCAUGAUGAAUGAUUCUGAGAUAUACCCCGAACCGCACCGGUUUCGUCCAGAGCGGUACCUCGAGAUGACGGAUGAAGAGGCUGAACGGCAUGACCCCCGAGAAGCUGUGUUCGGAUUCGGACGACGGCUAUGCCCCGGAAAGCUAUUCGCAGACACCGGUUUCUUCCUGGCCGCAUCACGCAUCACCGCCACCUUGGAUUUGCUGGCUGUCUUGGACGAAAACGGGCGCUUACCUUGUGCGAGGUUUACGGGGGAUAUCGUCAGGUAUCCCAGUCCUUUCAAAUGUAUCAUCAAGCCCCGUUCCGAGAGCUGUCGUCAGCUGAUUCUGGAAGAGGAUCAUCAAGCGGCCAACAUAUGAAGAGUGACGUCCAGGAUAGAGGGUUUCUGUGUUGCUGUUGCAAGGUCCGAGCUUUCUUUUGAUGAUUAUGUAUUACUGUGCUGUAUGUCCACUCUGG